CACAAAUCACUUGAGUGGGAAAACUACUGUACGGACUACUUUGACUAGAAUGGCGACAGCGAUGUUAGGGGACCCACAACCAUUUGGAGGAACCCCUUUAGCCAUGUUAGCAGCACAGUGCAGUAAAAUAAACAAUCGAACUCCACCUCCACUUGCCGAGGCUACAGUUGGUAAAGGCUUCAUGCCGUGGAAAAAACCUGGAUGUGGCGCCACUAGUCCUAUUCACCUAGCAACACAGAGGAUGUCGGGAUUUAAUACGUCAUUAACGACCAAUAGUUUAACGUAUCCAAGGACAACGUCAAAUACUACGUCACCAACAUCUUACAAUAAUGACAUUUUUUAUCCCUCAGUUGGAAGUAAUGCUUAUUCACAAUGUGAUAUCUCCCAGGCGGCUUUCUUGCAGAAGAUGGGGGAGAGCGGUUUGGGUAAUGCUGCCGCUGGAUUGGGGAGCAUGUAUUCUCGAGUGCCUUCCAACCAUCCGUACGAAUCCUGGCCCUUCACUGGUAUAGCCUCAGCUCAAGCGGCCACAACGCACGGAAUUAAAACGGAGAUGCCAAGUGGUGUAAAUGGUGGAACAUCUUGGUGGGAUCCGCACAGCUCCCCGUCAAUACACAACGCCCCUGGAAACUGGUUAUCGGAUAUCCCCAGCUCGUCAGCAGGUCUCCACUCUCAAAUAUCCAGCAACUACUCACCGUCGGAUUAUUCGUUAAAUCACUCUCUCGCAUCCAACCCUGGGUCUUUACUUCCGUCAGCAGCCGGACAACAUCUCCUACAGGACACUUACAAAUCAAUGCUACCAUCACAAGGAGACUUAGGAGCAUCGGCCAUGACGUCAUUUCUCUCUCGACCAGGUGGCUUAACGGCACUGGGUAGUCCACGAUCUCAGAGACGUUAUACAGGAAGAGCCACGUGCGACUGUCCGAAUUGUCACGAAGCAGAUCGUCUCGGCCCUGCUGGUGAUCAUUUAAGAAAAAGGAAUGUACACAGCUGCCAUAUACCCGGAUGUGGAAAAGUUUACAACAAAACGUCACAUUUGAAAGCUCAUUUAAGAUGGCAUACUGGGGAACGGCCAUUCGUUUGCAACUGGUUGUUCUGUGGAAAACGUUUCACGCGCUCUGACGAACUGCAACGCCAUCUUCGAACGCAUACGGGCGAGAAGCGAUUCGCGUGCCCAGUCUGUAACAAACGAUUUAUGAGGAGUGAUCAUUUAGCGAAACACGUGAAAACACACAGUCAGAAUAAAAGCAAAAGUGAAAGUAGUAGUGACAAUGAAAAUACGAACGAUAACGGAACACAAUCUAGUUCUCCUGUUAAUUCAGUAUCCCCCAACACAACACUAUCGCCGUCAAGGAAAGAUAACUGAGGAUUGAUUGACUGAAUAUCCAAUAAACUCGGUGAUUGGAGGAAUUAUUCUUGCAUGCAGUUUGAUGAUUAGAUUCGAAUAAGUGAGCUGAGAUGUGAGUCAAACGUUGGCAAGGGAAUCGACGUGAUUACCACACCAGGGUCGUGUUGGCGCAUGCGUGUGUGUGACAUAAUUUUUGGCUAGAGACGAUGAGUUGUGUUGCGCCUUGAGUUUACCGGAAUAAUUGAUAUGCUCACUAUUAGUGACCAGGAGCUUCUGUUGUAAAAUAAAAUAUUCCGGAAGAAGAAUUGCCCUUAAAAGAACAACCAGACAGGACAGUAAAUAAAAUAAUGUUUAAUAAUAUAAGGGCGAGAGAAAAGGAGUUGUGUUGUUCAGGAGUCUCGAUGAUACCGGGGUAAUAUUAGUUUUCAGUAGCUCGUGAUUCCGAAUUUCCUCUGAAGGACAACAUCGGACCUUAUUCACGACAACUCCAACUAAAAUAUUUGAAGAAUGCUGGCUUUUCAUUGGCUCAGAGAUAAAAUUUGUGCUAGGGUAUUAAUCCCUAACCAAAUAAAAUGGCAGGAUUCUUAUAAUAUUUUAGUUCAAAUUUUCGUGAAUCAGGACCCAAUAAUAGUAGAUAAACUAAUGUUUAAAACCUACGCAUGAGAAACGAUGAAAUAAAUCAUUUGGUUGAUAUACAAACACAUCAAUCUGUAGAAAGUCUUGUAGGUGCACUCGUCAUAGAGGAAACCUAGUAUUAGAUAUAAGUUCAAACCAGACACUUUCAGAUUGGCCAUUUGAGUUUUUGCAUUUUGUUUUAAACUAUUGAAGGAACGAACCUAACUUAAAAUGUAUGGAAAACAGUAGACUUAUUUAGUAAAAAGCUAAAAUGUAGGUGUGGGGAAGCCUUAUGUUGACCAGUAUUAUUUUUAAGUUGAAGCCGUCUUUGCUACAUAAACUUCUGAAUACGACACAGAAAAGUUUUAGAGUGGUUACUGGUGUUAUGCAAUCGUUAACUUUCUGAGUUCCCUCGAGAGGUAGAAGUUAUUUAAAUGAAUAAUAAAUGUACUAUAGGUAAAAUAAUGUAUAUAUAUCAUGUUUAUAGAAUUUAAAUAUUGUAUAAAGUGCUAGA